AUGGGAAGAAUCCCAUCGAGAAAAGUGUUGGAGUCUAGUAAGGUGAAGGUCGUGUUGGAUACUGUCCAGUCUAUGCUGAAUGAGGAUGCGACCAAUAAGUUUUUGAUUUUCUCCCAGUUCACGUCCUUGUUAGAGAUAACAAAGGAAGAGAUCGAGCGCCGUGGGUUGGGCUCGUGUGGGGGGAUGUUCUAUNNNNGACUCGACACUGUCGAGGCUCGCAGCUUCACUUAA